AUGGGUCAAGGACACUCGACCCCACGACCGGGCACGGAGUUCCGCGUCAUUGGUGCCGGCAUGUCCCGGACCGGCACUAAGACCUUCGCCCAAGCCCUGACAACGCUUAUAGGGCCUGUCCAUGAUGGCGGCGCCCAAGGGCUUGUUGGGACCGCGGAGCAGCGGGAACAGUGGCUCCAGGUUAUGAGGCUGGUGACCAAGGAGGAUAAAUCGCUGGCCGAGAAGAAACGGCUAGAGUGGCUAUUGGCCGAGCUCAUGGAUGGUUAUUCGGCGAGCGCGCAGACGAUUUCUGCCCUCGUCGACCGGCCACACUUGCCAUUCUUUGCCCGGCCAUUGCCCGUGCUAAACUCAUUCGUCAAGUGGGGACCACUUAUCGAGAAGACAUGCGUGUCACGUCUGGGCGUCAAAGGCUUCCAAGGCCCCGAAGUGCUCGAGACGCAUGAGGCGUUCCUCCGCAGGGUCGUGCCGUCGGAGCGCCUCUUUUUCUACAGGGUCCGUGACGGCUGGGGACCUUUGUGUGAGAUGCUAAAGGUGCCGGUCCCAACGCAUCCAUUCCCCUAUAACAAUAAACCCGAGGACGUUAGGGCGGUCAAGCGGUUCGUCAUCGUGGCUGGCUCCGUGGCGUGGGGCAUAAUCUUCAGCGGUGCUUUUAGCUGUACCUGGUAUGCAUGGAGAUUGUGGUCAAACUUGCAGAGGCAAUGGUAA